UUCACCUCCAGUAGUUGAAGUGAGCGCCGGUGUUAUGUUAAAAUGAGCUGGAAAUGCUUACAGAGCAGCGCGCUGUGUACAGGUAUCUCUGUGCAAGUAUAAGAAUGUGUCUCACAAAUGUACACUGAACUGAAAGCAUGACCUUUAGAUGGAUUCCAGAUUCCUAUUUACUGUCCCUCAAUAGGGGCAUAUACUUGUGGCACAAACAUGGACAGAGGUUUGUGACUCUCCUUUCCCCCCAGAUGUCUAGUCCACCUGUUAGACUUUUUGUCAAAAGGCCUGUCAUCUAUAGAGUGCGAGACAGCCAUCAUUACUGGAAGCAUUUCCACAACCAGAAGAGUAGAACACGGAGGCAAUGUCCAUGCCAUAUUAGUUUCCUUAGGCACAAACUUUUGCCGUGCACCAGCAUUUCUAAUUUUACUACCUCAGCCUGUCGUGGUUCCAAUGAUCUGAGUUAUCGCAUGUUACGACUAAAAAGCACUUUAAAGUCUUUAUUAAAAGUUGUAAGUGGAACGCAAGCAGAGAUUUUCUCCAAGAUAGCACGACUAAAGCCCGGUGUCAGGACAGAGAAAGAAGAAGUAAGUGUAAAGACAGCACCAAUUCAAGAUCAAAAGAAUGGACCUGUUUCAGCAGCUACAGUUACACUUGUACCUCAAACAGCAUCACGGACGUCAUCGCCAAGCACAAUACUCAGUCCCACCAAAUCAUCCUUUGGGCCAUCCCAAUCAGUCCAGAAACCAAAGGAAAUAAAAAACAAAAAGUCUGUGAAUAACAAUACCACUACAGUAAGUGGUAAAGCUGCAGCACCUCAGACUAAAUCAGAUGGAACGACAUCUCCACCUGACAGCUCAAUGGCCUACAAGCAAGCAACUCCUCUCUUUCACCCAGGUUCUUUCAGUGUCAGUCUAGAUGAAACCUACAAUUACCUAGCACAUCAUGUGAAUUCAUAUUUUGGCAAAUUCACUAUGGCAGAACAGAAAAAGGAAGACACCAAAGACUUCUUUAACCAGCCGUCCACUUUCUUGCAUGGCCCGUCUAACCAGAACAUUAAUCACAUAUCCAGGAAUUUGUCUCAGAAUGACCAGACGUCAAGUUCUCCUUCAUCUCCCAAAAAAAGUCUGGGACAGUACCUGGCAUACAAACCUACUGUUCAGGCCUUUGUGGGGAACUACAUAGCUCCACUUGUUCCCAAGUUUAGGACAGAACAAAAAAAUGCCCUAGCAGAGACAGAGAAAUCUCUUUCUAACGAAGACUCUUCAAAGCAGAUGGAAACAGCUGAGAACAAAGAACAGAAAGCAGCAGAAGAAAAGGCCAAAAGACUACUGCUUCAAAGAGAGAAGAUCAUUGCGAGGGUAAGCGUGGACAAUCGGACCCGAGCUCUUGUCCAAGCUUUGCGCAGAGCAUCAGAUGUGAGGCUUUAUAUAAGCAGGGUGGAGGAGCUAAGCUAUCAUUUGCUAGAGUUUCCUGAGACCAGACUAGUGGCUGUUAAGGAAAAGGUGAUUCCAUGCCUGCUUCGCCUGCGACAGGCCAACGAUCCAUCCCUAAAGGCAGCAGUCAGAGAGGCUCUCACUCUGGUGGGCUACACUGACCCAGUAAAGAGCAGAGGAAUACGCAUACUCACCAUCGAUGGUGGGGGAACAAGGGGACUCGUUGCCCUUCAGACUUUACAAAAGCUGGAAGAGCUGUCUGGAAAACCAAUUUAUCAGCUUUUUGAUUACAUUUGUGGAGUGAGCACAGGGGCCAUAUUAGGAUUCAUGCUGGGUGUGUUUCAUAUUCCUCUGAAUGAGUGUGAGGAGCUCUACAGGAAGCUAGGCUCUGAUGUCUUCAGGCGGAAUGUCAUCGUGGGUACUGUGAAAAUGGGCUGGAGUCAUGCCUUCUAUGACAGCGAGAUCUGGGAGAAAGUUUUGAAGGAAAAAAUGGGCUCUGACCUUCUAAUUGAAACGUCAAGAAAUCCUGAUUGUCCAAAGGUGGCAGCAGUGAGCACAGUGGUUAACAGGGGCACACCACUGAAAGCAUAUGUAUUCAGAAACUACAACUUGCCGGUAGGCGUGCGCUCCCACUACAGAGGCAGCUGCCAGCACAAGCUCUGGGAAGCGAUCAGAGCUUCCUCAGCUGCUCCUGGCUAUUUCCAGGAGUUUGCACUGGGCACUGACUUACAUCAGGAUGGGGGCUUGCUGAUAAAUAAUCCAACGGCUUUGGCCAUCCAUGAAUGCCAGUGUCUGUGGCCUGACACUCCUCUGCAGUGUGUGGUCUCUCUGGGCACAGGUCGUUUUGAGACCACCAGCAAGAACACCACCACUUAUACAAGCCUGAAGACCAAACUGACUCAUGUUAUCAGCAGUGCUACAGACACAGAGGAAGUGCACACCAUGCUGGACGGCCUGCUGCCUCCCCACACGUACUUCCGCUUCAACCCUUUCAUGAGCGAGGAUGUGGCUCUGGACGAGAGCCGCAGUGAGAAACUGGACCAGCUGCAGGCAGAGGGAGGGCAGUACCUAGAGCGCAAUGAGGAGAAGCUGAAGCGAGCCGUUCUCAGACUCACACAGGAGAAGAGCUCGGCUCAGAGGCUAGUCGAAUGGUUCAGCCUUAAAUCACACAUGUAUGCUGACCUGCCAGCUAUUUCAAAGCUCUAGAUGAAGUGUAGAUGAAUGAUCCUAACCAUUUAUUUAUCAAAUGAUUCACACAAUUCACUGAUAAGUAGGGGUUACAUGAUUAAGCUAAAUAAUGAAGUAAUUUCCUGAGUACGGUGUUGAAAUCUUUGUGGAAAUCUUUCUGGUCAUGUCACUCACUCAUGUAAAUAUUGGUGCAUUUUGUAGCAGCUGCCUUACAGAAGUAGUGUAUUUGUGUUUAAAAAACACCUAUUGAGAAGUACUAGAAUUCUUGCUAGAGCUAGAAUACAUUUUAUGGAUCACUUAUACAUAUCCAGUUAUUUCCUCUUAAUAUUGACUAGCAUAAAUGCCCUUGCAAUAGCAGCAAACAAUAAAUAAUUUCACAUUGAUGUAGUCAAAGAAUAGUAGUGAUACAUAACAAUGAUUACUUUUGCAUUAAAAAUAUAUAGUAUUAUAGCACUUUAUACUAUUUAGUUAGAACAACAAAUGUGUAAGCUGUAUGUACAAAUUGACCAGUUUAAUGAUCAUUUUAUUUAAAAAAUAAUUUUAUAAAUGAUCAAAAGUAUUAUGUUUGGCUAAGAAGUGCCUUACCACUUUUUAAAAAGAUGUCUUUGUUGGGGACUCAAUUACUAAUUGCCAUUUACUGACAAAAGUAGUUGCCAUUUACUGACAAAAAUAUUAAAAUAUCCAACACGGUACAGCAUUUUGCAUCAAUUUG